ACCUACGGCGCAGUUCGAUAACUCCACUGGCAGCAGCAGUACCGAGCGACCUAACCUCUACAAACCCGAGAGAUCCGCGCGAUUCUGCAGGACCAGUGUUUGCGCUCGAGAUAUGAUAUCACCUGGCGUCGUCGACGAGCUUUGCAAGCUCUAGCCCCGCGAUAGUUUCAAGCUGGAAGUGCUACGUUCGCUCAACUCCCUGGUCUUCAGAUUUCUGGCGCUGCUCAGGCCGAUCGCCAUGUUUUCUGCUGUCAUCGUUAAUGACGAUGAUAUUGGUGAGGACUUCAUUGCAAUGCAUCAGGGACCCAAGAGCGUGUCGUCUGUUGCAAGCACAGCUGUACUUGAUAAAAGUGACAUAAGUUUAUCCAUCCGACAAGCGUGCGGAAUAGGCUUGAAUGAGGAUUUGACCGUGCCAUCCGUGGCCCACAUGAUUGAAAGCAGGGAGAGAGGACCUAAUUUCUCGUGUGGCCAGAAAUCAAAGAUUACCAACACUUUUCUGCCAAAUCAAAUGAAGAGGAUCGCAAAGUACAACAACAAACCAUUUUGUGGCACCUUUUCAAAAGAUGGAAAUUUUUUGCUCACAACCACGCAUCACAGAGUUUUAAGAUUGUAUCGCACAGAUCAUGGAGAAUACAAUGAAUUCAAGAAAUUUUCUGUCUCUGCAGUGGGAUGGAGUAUACUGGACACUGCCUUUAGUCCUGAUGCUAGGUAUUUUGUUUAUUCCAGCUGGUCAGAUUACUUGUACAUGAAUUCAAUUUAUGGAGAUCCCAAUGUUCGGGAACCUUUACUACUGAGUGCUGAACAUCCAAUGUUCUGCGUUUUUUCAGUUGUAUUUUCAAGUGAUGGAAGAGAACUAUUUUGUGGUGGGAAUGAUGGCUGUUUAUACAUCUAUGAUCUAGGAUCCCAAAAUUGUUCAAAAGUUCGAGGACAUGGUUAUGAUAUAAAUAGCGUCGCCUUUGCCGAUGAUUCAUCUCAAAUUCUGUACAGUGCUGGAGAUGAUGGACUUUGUAAAGUAUGGGACAGAAGGGAAUUACGAGAAGACGACCCCCAACCAGUUGGUGUCCUGGCAGGGCAUAUGGGUGGUAUAACCUUUGUUGAUCCCCGAGGAGAUGGACGACAUUUAAUAACAAAUAGCAAAGAUCAAACUAUCAAAUUGUGGGAUGCUCGUAAAUUUUCGAGCAAGGAAGCUCAAGAAGAGGCCCAAGUAGCUGUAUCAGUUGCUAAUAAUUCAUGGGAUUACAGGUGGCAACAUGUACCAAAGAAAUUUUUGUAUCCAAGAAAGCCAUUGGAAGGCGAUACAAGCCUUAUGACGUAUCGUGGACACAUUGUAGUACAAACUCUGAUUCGGUGUCACUUCUCACCUGCUGCAACGACAGGCCAGAGAUAUAUUUACACAGGUUGUGGGUCAGGACGAAUCAUAAUUUACGACAUCCUUACUGGUGAGAUUGUAAAGACCCUGAAGGGCCACAAAACAGUAGUACGAGAUGUAAGCUGGCAUCCAACUCACCAAGAUAUCGUUUCAACUUCGUGGGACGGUGAGAUCGCUAGUUGGCGCUACCACAACGGUAGCGAGGAUGGGAUAUCGAACGCCUCGGCAGAUACAUCAGACUCGGACAGCGAGUCACCAAAGCCUGCUCGUCGAACACGCAGCCGAAAGACACGGCGCUCGAAACGGAUGGCGAGCGCAUAGCUACCGUUUCGGAACUUCCGCUAAGAAGGAAGUUCGUCCCUGUUCAUUGUUUUUCUACGCUGAGAAGUCCAUUCAAGUCUCUUAUUCGCCCUAAAAAAGGCAACCAGAUGAAUCACAAAAAGAACACCAGUGCGCGCUUUAUGCAAGUUUAAUGUAACAAAGAAAUUGUGAUAAGGUACACAUGCGAGCGCAACGUUGUACCGUUUGUAACGCGUGACGGAAAUUAAUUUAUUUAAUUGUUGUUACAACUUGCUUAGAGUUCAUUUUUAAGCGUUUAUUUAAUAUUAUCGCUAUAACUAUUAUUAGAUUUUUAUUCAUUGGCUAUUAUCAAUUUGAUACCUGGCUGAGAAAUUUUUUAAAAGAACAAAUGUAUUAUACGACUAAUAAGAAACUAUAUUUUUCUAAGUCCGACGAAAUGUGAUAUAAAUUGGUAGACGAUUGUCGUUACGGUUUUUACUCAAAUCUCUAACUUGCAAGUUUGACACUACUGUUUAAAUUAUGGCCGCCACCGGCGAUGCACUUUUCUAACCGUUCUCUCACUCUCUUAUUGCAAUGAGCCACAUGUGACGUCCCGCAUGUAACCACCAUAUAAAUUUAAAAUUAUAUUAAGAUUUUUAUACGCUUGGCGUAGUGGAUCUACUUAUUAGACUGAAACGUUUUCUGAACCAGGGAUUGUAGUUCAGACUGUGUAUGUAUAUUUGUUAGACAUUUGUGAGACAUUACUAUCAAACAUGUUUUACAGAUUGCGUAUCAAAAUAUUCCAUUCUUAGGGGUUCAGAGGGGAUUAUUUAUUCACGUACAUCACAUUUAAAUAUGUAAUAAGAUUGAAAACUUGAGGUGAUAUAUAAUAUAAAUAAAAGGAAAAAAAAAUAGUUACGCAUAAAA